UAAUUCGACUGUACAUUUUUUAGUCAAUGGUCGAUGACCGGUCUUGUUUGGUGCUGUUUUGGUUAUCAAAUUGCCAUUGGAUACACUCAAUUUUGAUACGUUUAGAAUGGUUUAGGUGCCUUGUCAACGGAGGGAGCAGUAUUUCAUUUUCAGACAGCAACACAAGACGUCAAAAUGCCGGGUAACAAUAAAGCCGAUGAUAAUGUUCGUGUAGUAGUACGAUGUCGUCCUCUUAAUGACAAAGAAGUGGGUCAAGGCUUCAAAUCAAUUGUCAAUGUGGAUGAAAUGCGUGGUACUUUACAGGUUAAGAAUCCUUCAGCACCUCGUGGUGAGCCACCCAAGUCGUUUACAUUUGAUACAGUGUUUGCUCCUGGGAGUAAGCAGACAGAUCUUUACAAUCAAACAGCUAGAUCUAUUGUAGAUGCAGUCAUGGAAGGAUAUAAUGGUACUAUAUUUGCAUAUGGACAAACAGGGACUGGUAAAACCUUUACUAUGGAAGGUGUACGCUCACAGCCAGAGUUAAGAGGCAUCAUACCCAACUCAUUUGCUCAUAUAUUUGGUCAGAUUGCAAAGGCAGGAGACAGUGUGAGAUUUUUAGUUCGAGUUUCGUACUUGGAAAUUUACAAUGAAGAGGUGAAAGACCUGCUUGGUAAAGAUCUGUCUGCAAGAUUAGAGGUGAAAGAGCGUCCAGAUAUUGGAGUUUAUGUCAAAGAUCUGUCUGCCUUUGUUGUAAAUAAUGCAGAUGACAUGGAUCGAAUUAUGACGCUUGGAAAUAGCCACCGUUCUGUUGGAUCUACCAAUAUGAAUGAGCACAGUUCCCGAUCUCAUGCAAUCUUCAGCAUCACAGUGGAAAGGAGUGACAUUGGUGUUGACAAGGAGCAGCAUGUACGAGCGGGAAAAUUACACAUGGUGGAUCUUGCUGGAUCAGAAAGACAAUCAAAGACAGGAGCCACAGGUCAACGAUUGAAAGAAGCAACCAAGAUUAACUUAUCUUUAUCAACGUUGGGAAAUGUUAUCUCAUCUCUGGUAGAUGGUAAAAGCACACACAUACCGUACAGAAACUCCAAGCUAACCAGACUGCUGCAGGACUCUUUGGGUGGUAAUGCAAAGACUGUUAUGUGUGCCAACAUUGGGCCUGCGGAAUAUAACUAUGAUGAAACCAUCAGUACACUACGCUAUGCAAAUAGAGCUAAGAACAUCAAAAACAAUGCUAAGAUCAAUGAAGACCCAAAAGAUGCAUUGUUGAGACAGUUUCAAAAGGAGAUUGAAGAACUCAAAAAAAGACUAGAUAGAGGUGAAGGAGGAGAUAGUGAUAAUGGAAGUGGAUCUGAAGAAGAGUCUGGCUCAGAGGAAGAUGGUCCAAAUGAUGGCACAAAACGAACCAAGAGAAAGAAAGGGAAGAAGAAUUUGUCACCAGAGAAAAUGGCUGCAAUGCAACAACGUAUUGAUGAAGAGAGACGUGCUCUGGAGGAAACUAAAGAUAUGGAAGAAGAAGAAAGAAAUAAAGUUCAGACGGAGUUGGAACGUAGAGAGGGCGACCUUCGCAAAGCUCAACAUGAUCAUGAUAUUCUUAAAGAGAAACUUCAAGCUGUGGAAAAGAAAGUGAUAGUUGGAGGGGUCGAUCUGCUGAAGAAGUCUGAGGAACAGGAACGUCUGCUAGAAGAGUCUGCCAGAGAACUGGAGGAACGAAGCAGGAAACAGGAAAGCUUGAGGCAAGAACUGGCUGAGAAAGAAGCAGAAAGGGUUGACAUUGAAGAGAAGUUUGGUAAUCUUCAAGAAGAAGCUACUGGCAAGACUAAGAAAUUAAAGAAAGUCUGGAGUAUGCUCAUGAGUGCCAAGAGUGAGGUGGCAGAUAUGCAGCAGGAGCAUCAGAGGGAGAUGGAGGGACUGUUGGAAAACAUUCGUCAGCUUAGUCGAGAAUUGCGCUUACAGAUGCUGAUAAUUGACAGCUUUAUCCCAGUAGAAUUCCAGCAGAUGAUUGAACAGUAUGUUCAUUGGAAUGAAGAUAUCGGAGAAUGGCAACUGAAAUGUGUGGCAUACACUGGGAAUAACAUGCGUAAACAGACACCCAUCCCAGACAAAGACAAGAACAAAGAAUACGGUGAGCCUGACCUGUCCAAUGUGUACAUGGCGUACACAGCUGAAGGUUCUACUAGAUUCAAUCAAGUCAAAUCAACGUCAAGCAGAAGACCAAAAACAGCUUCAGGUAGACCCAAGACUGGUAAAAGAAAACAAGGCGUGGAAAGUUCAAUCGAUUCUUUGCUUCAAUAAAGAAUUUGACUCAAUCUCAAAGUGACAUACUUACAUGUACUGGAUGCUUAUUACCGUACUGUCGCAGAAUAUAAUCAUAAGGUAAAAUGGAAAAGCCCGAUUUCACGAGUAUUUAUUUUUUGUAACAAUGCACCAGCAGAAUGCAUUCAAUAUUUGUUUUGUAAAACUGCUACAUAGAUCCUUGUCAUUGGAUAAUAAUUGUUCACAAUAAUUUAAACACAAAAUGGACACGGACACUCAACCAACGCACACACUGAAAAAUCUUUAAAACAAGAACUUCUGGAAAUGUGGAAGAAUCCAUAUAUUUUUUUAUUUUUUUUAAAGAAAAAUGAAUUCAGAAUUGUACAUCAGAAUUGAAAUAAUCAUGGUUUGCAGUAACACCAUGUACAUGGUGUACGUGCACCAUGAGCAAUGCACAAAGUGUGUAUCUACUUGCCAGGU